UGCCUGGCAGGAAGGAAUGCCGACUGUUACCCCUAGGAUCGACUGAGCUUUGGCUGUUUCAUCUUACAGAGCUGGACUGUGAGGGACGUGCCCGUACACAGCAAGUCCUGCUCUUUAGGAACAGUCCUCAGAGAGAAAUUUUGCGGCAUACUGACUUCAGUUCAUCAGGCUGGAAUUGGAGUGACUCAUCAGGCGGAGGAAUCUAAAGCCACAGCCAGAUGAAUGGGAGAUGAACACCAAUUCAGGAUUAGAAAAGUGGUUUAAAUAUUAUACCUUCUAAUGUUCACUGUGUUGCUUUCUUUCUAUUCCCCAGUCUCUCCCAUUUACUGGACCUAUUCUUGGCGGUCUUCGUGACGGAUUGAUGGUUAUCGUCAGUGGAACUGUUCAUCCUACAUGUGACAGCUUCAAGAUAGACUUUCAGUGUGGAUCCUGCCCAAGUCCUGAUAUUGCUUUUCAUUUUAACCCACGAUUUGAAGAGGGUGGAUGUGUGGUUUGCAAUACUUGUGAAAGUCAGAAUUGGGGAAGAGAGGAGAGGAAAGAUGAAAUGCCUUUUUUAAAAGGUUACCCCUUUGAGAUUCGGGUUUUGGUAAAACACGACUCAUUCCAGGUUGCUGUAAAUGGAAAUCCCUUUGUGCAGUACAAGCACCGGAUUCCACUUUCCAAAGUGAACUGCCUUAGUGUGUCUGGGGGUGUGGACGUGGCAAUCAUCCGCUUCGAAGAUACUGCUACCCGAGGUGCUUGGAGCCCUAGAGCAGCUGGGAUCUCAAAUGCUGCUUUCCCACCUGGAUUAUAGGAGCCGCAAACUUACAUUAUGAACAAACAGGAAAAGGAAGGU